UCCCGGCGUGCACCGCGCGGGGCAACUGGGAGAGACUGGGAGGGAACUGGAAGGUUGCCGAUGGCCGAGCCCUGCCCGGGCCCUCCCAGUGCUCCCAGUGCCCCCCAGUGCUCCCAGUUCCCCCCUCCCAGUGCUCCCAGUGCCUCCCAGUGGUCCCAGUUCCCCCCUCCCAGAGCCCUCCAGUGCUCCCAGUUCCCCCCUCCCAGUGCCCCCCAGUGCUCCCAUUUGCCCCCUCCCACUCUGGAGGGGCUCAUUCCCCCCUCCCAUUUUGUGCUGCGCCCCAGGUCCCUGGGGGUGGAGCUUGAGGCAGAAAGGGGGCGUGGCCAUGAGUUGGAGGUGGAGCUGAAAGCACUGAAGGGGCGGAGCCAGCACCUGGAGGCAAAGCUUGAGGCUGAAAGGAGGCGGAGCCAGCAGCUGGAGGCCGAGCUUGAAGCAGAAAAGGGGCGGAGCCAAUCCCUGGAGGUGGAACUUAAGUCAGAAAGGGGGCGGAGCCAAGCGCUGGGGGUGGAGCUCGAUGCCCUGAGGGGGCGUGGCCAGCGAUUGGAGGCAGAGCUGGAUGCAGAAAAGGGGCGGAGCCAAAUACUGGAGAUGGAGCUGGAGACCCUGAGGAGGCGGGGCCUUGGCCCAGAGGAGGUGGAGCAAAGCCCAGAGCAGGUGCUGCUGGGCCGCUGGCGCCAGAAGGUUUUCCAGCUGCUGCUGCAGGUGAGGCUGCAGCAGGGCCAGGAGCUGCAGCUGCAGGGACAGGUGCGCUCCCUGGGUGCUGCAGUGGCCGCCGGGUCCCGACAGGUGUCGCUGUUGGAGCUGCGGCUGCGCCAGGGGGAGCAGGAGAGACAGGCCCUGUCCCAAGAGCGGCUCCGGGCGGAGGCGGCCGAGGAGGAACUGGGGAAAUUGGGCCAGGCCCUGAGCCGGCUGUUGGGGACACUGGGCAUGGCCCUGGCCGAUGUCACCGUGGCUGUCGGGGCCCUGGGGACCCUCAGUGAGCGCCUGGGACGGGCCCAGCACCGACUGCGGGGAGGAGUUGGAGACACACUUGGGGACACUGGAGAAACUGUGGGGACUUUGGGGACACUGUGGGGACACUGUGGUGGCCGUGUCUGCUGUCCCUGUCCCAGUGUCCCCUCUGUCCCCAGUGCUGGUGGCCUCAGGGCGGCUCCGGUGGCAGCAGGAGCUGGAGGGGACAGCAGGGGACAGCAGCACGGUGGCCCCAGAGGUGACAUUGGAGCAGGUGAGGGGGUGGCACCAAGGGAAUACUGGGGGUGGCUCUGUCCCCAGGGUGUCACCCUCAUGUCCCCCCCAGGCCACCAAAGGUGGGGAUGGAACUCGGCCACACCCAGGCACAGUGUCCCUGGCCCCGUUGGUGACGCAUCUCCAGGCCCUUGGUGCCGCCAUCCUUGGGGACAUCGGGGACCCCGCAGUGCCAGGACCCCCAUGGGGACACAGGUGACAUCAUCAGGGACACAGGGGACAUCAUCAGGGAAUGGUGACACUGCGGGGACUGAGAUGAUGUCACUUUGGUGGUGGUGGUGACAUCACUACGGUGAUGUUGAUGAUGUCACUAUGAUGAUGAUGAUGUCAUGGCUCUGCCCCA